AAUUCGUUAAAUUUUUGGCAAUAUAAUUGAACAAUAAUCUGAAAAUACUUUUGAUUUUUGUUGGUGUCAAUUAAUAGUCAUAAUCCAAUAACUCGAUGUCUUAAAAAGAAAGUAGUACCUCUAUUAACUAUGUGACGUCGAAACUCGUGUUAGGUUAGGAAGGUUAUAGCCUAUUUAUUUGGCAUUGACAGAACACUGUUAGCACUCAGCACUGUCACAUUAGUCAAGAAGAGUUAGUAUAAAACCACACUUCUUGGUUGCUCUGUACCACAUUCCUGUUUGCCUUGGUCGAUUUAGUAAUACCACUGUAUUGUUGUAUUUGUACACAAUAGGUGCGAUAUCUGUCCACGUAGUACACACAAUCUCAAGUGACACUUGUUUACUCUCCAACAGUUUAGCUUCACUGGUUAUCUGGACUAUGGACUCAUGGAUCGACAUGAUAUUAAAACAAUUUAUCUUAUCAUUUUCUUCAAAGUGAAUUAUCUCCAUAUAACUAGCUGUUUCUACUAAAACCACCUCUCAGUCUACAAAGUGACAGUAGACUUUGUGCUUGUGUCAGUGAGGGGGCUGCUUCAAUCUUUUCCUUAGUUAUGGCAUUGUCUAGGCAUUGGUCAUUGUUAUUUCGCCAAAGAAAAAAGGUUGAUUUGUUAUGAAAUUAUCUAAAUAGUUUUUAUUAUUAUAUUAAGUGUUUUAAAGCUCAGUAUUAUUACAUUUUUUAAAGAUCUAUUUAUUUGUAUUCAGUUGGCCUAUCUACUCUAACUUAGUUUGAAAUUAUGGCUCCUCCAUUAAAAGAUGUGCCUCUUGGAAUCAGGACUCUACAAAAAUGCUGCAAUAUAUUUUGUCCUGGAAAAUCUUUCAACCGGAAUGCAUGGUAUAGAAGUUCUGUCGUAGUCUUAACCUUCCUCACGUACAUGUGCUACCAUAUGAACCGCAAGCCUAUCAGUGUGGUCAAGAAUGUGCUCCAUCGUAACUGUUCGGAAGUGAAUCCCAAGCCAAUUAACACUACUAACCCAGACUGGUGUGAUUGGGCUCCUUUUGAUGGAGAAAAUGCAGCAUCGCUUCUGGGAUUUUUUGAUUCCUCAUUCCUCUUUGCAUAUGCAGGAGCAAUGUUCAUUAGUGGUCUGGUGGCGGAGAGAGUGAGUCUCAGAUAUUUCUUAUCUCUAGGGAUGCUGCUAUCAGGUCUUGCAGGAUACUUGCUGGGUAUUGCCAAGUAUUACAACAUUCAUUCCAUAUCCUACUUCAUGCUGGUUCAGGUGUUUGGUGGAGUAGCUCAAACCACAGGAUGGCCAGGAGUUGUUGCUGUCAUGGGAAACUGGUUCGGAAAAGGAAAAAGAGGGUUCAUCUUCGGUGUGUGGAACUCUCACACGUCCAUCGGCAACAUCCUGGGUACAGUGAUUGCUGGUUACUAUGUGGAGGACAACUGGGCUCUCUCCUUCAUCGUCCCCGGAGUCAUCAUGUCGGUCCUGGGCUUUGUCAACUUCUUGUUUCUCGUCCCAAACCCCACUGACGUAGGCUGCGUCUCCCCUGACCAGAACAGGCCUAAGGAUAAGAGUAACCUGAUACAGUUGGAUCGUAUGGAUGAAACAACUUCCAAGGUGCGAGGAGCGAAGCAUGUGAGAAAGCGAAGCUCGAUCAAGUUCAAGACCAAACAGAAAUCGGGCAGGUCUCAGAUACGCCAGAUAUUGAAAUCAGUAAAAAAUGUUGUAGAAGUACACAAGAAUGGAGACAUCUCAAAAAUAAAUUCAGAAGGAAGACCAAUCUUGUAUCCAGACCAUGAGGCAAAACCUGUUGGAUUUUUUGGAGCUUUGAGAAUACCUGGUGUAGUAGAGUUCUCACUUUGCCUGUUCUUCGCCAAACUGGUCAGUUACACAUUCCUCUACUGGCUUCCAGGCUACAUCAAAACCUCUACCACUCUAAAUCCUACGGAGAGUGCUGACUUGUCGGUUGUGUUUGACAUCGGAGGUAUUGUCGGUGGCAUCGCAGCUGGCAUCAUCAGUGACUACAGUGGCAAAAGCGCUUCCACCUGUGCCGUCAUGCUCGUCAUAGCAGUGCCAAUCCUACAAGUUUACAAUCUGUAUGGAGCUGACAGUGUUGUGAUGAACGUGUUUCUGCUGCUGGUGGCGGGAUUGUUGGUCAACGGCCCGUACGCUCUAAUCACUACGGCAGUAUCAGCAGAGUUAGGCACUCACCAUUCCCUCCAGGGAAACUCUAAAGCUUUGGCCACUGUCACAGCCAUCAUCGAUGGCACUGGUUCUAUUGGGGCUGCAGUAGGACCUCUACUGGCUGGGGUGGUAUCUCAGUAUGGUUGGGGAAAGGUGUUCUACAUGCUUAUGGCUUCAGACGUCAUUGCAUUACUAUUGCUGACGCGGUUAGUGAAGAGAGAAAUCAUGCCAAUGGUCCAGUCGUCACAUACCAACACAUGGCAAGCGUGAUGUCACAGAAGCUCUGUCUGAUUUUAUAUUCUAACUGAACGUCCCCUGUUCUGAGCCCAAAUAAGACUGACUACACAUCUUUAUACACGCACAAAGUCUUUGAGAAAAUCCAGAACUGUGGUUUUUCUAAGUCACGUUAACAACAUUUUACAAUGUUUAUUAUUCUAAACAUUACCAAGGCCAUAUGAAAGUUACCUGGUUGGAAGAUAUGUGAUCGCCAUAUAAUAAUGAUUAAACUUAAAGUAACACUUUUAAUUUAAAGGCAUUUUUCAACAAAAAAAUGUACAUUAUCAGGUUUAUAACUUAACUAGCUUUCUAUUUACAUAACCAGAUUUUUAAUUAUCAUGGAUUAAAGUAAUGUUAUACUUGUAAUACGCAUAUCAAUAUAUUAGUACCUUUCAGCCUCUGCAGGGUGAAUAUUAAUUUAUUAUUUAAGAAGGGAUAGUCUACAUAUCAUUUUUAUUUUUUGAUAUUUUCCCUUUAAGUAUUGAUUUUCUUUUUAUUAUUAUUUAUUAUAAUUUUUGUCUUUCAGUUUUCCAUUUCAUUAUGUUAUAGGUGUAGAGUGUUUUUACUCUAAUUGAAAGGUUUAAUAUUGCAACAUUAUUACUGUAUUGAUUAUUGAUGUCUUCCAUUUAUCAAGUUGUUUAUAUGAUUAAAGUAGAGCACUAAAAUAAUACAACAUAAAUUUUGUGACGAGGAAUAAAAUAAUAAACAAAAUUUUUACCCUAGAAAUAUUUUAACAUGGACAAUUUUGUAAAUUUAUACUGAUUUUUUGUUAAAGCCAUCAUUUUUUAAGUAUAUUUUUUCUGAAAAUUAUUUUAUGGUGCUAUAUCUAUAAAGGCCAGUUAAAUUGUUAUGGAUAAUAUAAAGAGUAAAAAUUA